UAAAAAUUUCAAUAAUAAAGGAGCCACACGUGUACAAAUGCCUUCAUCAUAGAAGUACAUUUCAGUUAUAUUUGAAAUCUUCAUAUUCUAAGACAUAACGCACGAAUGUAUGCUGCAAAGAAGCAAAAAUACGUGACAAUUGUUAGAAACUGUCAUUCAAGAUCACAUAGAGUUGGCAAAUAAAAGAAUUAUUUUCAUACUCUACCCAGUGUUGUUUUUGACCUAGUUUCUCUUUUGGGGUAGGAAAAACGUAGAACACAUCGAUUCAAAUUUCCGGUGUGAAUUUUUUUUGUAUGAGCCAAUCACCUACCAGUGUAGUAUUGAAGGUUAUGGUUAGAAGCAGUUUAAUCUUGAAAAUAACCCACCUCAAGUGCGCAACCAUAACUCUCGCUUUUAAAGUAUUAUCUUUCCAAGGUUAUCAGCAAGUCUCGUUCACAAAAUCAUAAGAGCAUUAGUCGUAGCGAGUUGUAUUCAAACAGUCAUGUCUCUCGCAGCUAGUAGAAUUUUGUUAUUGCUUUUCGAAUUUCUACUAAUCGUGCUGACAGUGGCGAGCAGCUCCGGUAAUCUUACGGCCGUACAGUCCAAGAUUUACUCGGAUUCGGUGUGCGGUAGAGAAACGAUCGGAGUUCGAAUCGGCUAUGGAGAUUUUGCGUCCGAGGGCGAAUGGCCUUGGCACGGAGCGUUAUUCUACGGUGACGAUUAUAUCUGUGGUUGUACGUUGAUUAGUGAAUGGUUUGUGCUUACCGCGGCUCACUGUGUGUUCAAUCCGGAAACGGGAAACAGAGUCAAUCUGCGAUUGUUACGUGUGAAACUGGGAUUGCAUGCACUAAAUAGGCUUGAAAAAUACACCCGCGAAUAUAAGCUGACGGCACUCAAGGUUCAUCCGUUGUUUGCACUGACGAAUCAUAAACAUGACUUGGCACUGCUGCUGUUGGGCAGCCAAGCCGAACGUACCGAUUCUGUCCGCCCAAUCACCGUCGGGUUCGGUGAGCCAACAUGGAUCGAAAAUCUGGCCGGUUAUGCCGGAACGGUAGUUGGCUGGGGUUUUACCGAAGCGGAUGCCGUUUCGAAUGUCCUAAUGGUGGCACAGAUGCCCAUUGUUCGCUACACGGAUUGUGUCGAAAGUAACCCGGAUCUGUUUGGCCGGUUGAUCCACAACGGAAUGUACUGUGCCGGCGCCCAGAAUGGAACGAGUGUUUGCAAUGGUGAUAGUGGCGGAGGAAUGUAUAUUUACCAAAACAACGAUUGGUACCUCCGGGGAGUGGUUUCGUUUUCUGCCACUCGGAAUGGAACAAAUCUAUGCGAUUUAUAUAGCUAUGCGGGCUUUGUGAAUGUACAGUACUAUGCCAAAUGGAUUCAACAGCAACUGAUAGAUCAUGAAAAGGGAUUGAACCGGAUUGCAAGUAGAAGGUCCAAAUCGAAUGACCCACUCGAAGAUCGUUCCGAAGAGGAGAACACCACACCAGCGCAUCAGGUGGAAGUCAAAACAACCGAGCGGCCACCAAUCAUUCCAGAAGGCACACCAGCGAAACAAGCUCACCCAGAAUGUUUACAACAUAACAGUAAAGUGAUUUUUGUUGAGCGAGGCUCUAGUAUUUCGUUACUUUGUCGACAUAACUCUAAUGACGAAGUUUACUCCGUUAGUUGGCAUCGUAUGGACGAAUACCAAAAAAUCGUAGAUAUAUCGUCGGAAUUUGGAAUCGGCAAUGACUCUAUUCACGACAUUCUCACUCUGCGACAUCUCGGUGCUCAUCAUUCGGGAAGGUAUUUUUGCAGGGCUCGCAGCAUUGACCGAGACUUCACGGAUAACCGUACGCUAGCUGUUACCGGUGUUAUUCCUAGGUUUGUUAAUAAUAUCCAGCCGUCGUACAUGAAGUUCCUGUUCUCGUUCAAACACGACUAUUUUAAUCUGAAAGUGUCGUUCAAAGCGGAGAAAAACGAUGGAAUAAUUUUCCUGAAAACAGCAUGUGGGGAAGAAACUUUCACUCUAGCGCUAGUUAAAGGCAAAAUAGUUUUCCAGUUCCUAACCAGCAGCGGAACCAUUCGGAAGUUAACCAGUUCAGAUCAUGUUAUUCAUUUGGGUCAGUGGCAUACGAUUCGAAUCAAUAAUUUGUGGGAUCGAGGUUACUUUUCCUUGGAUAAUCGAUUGAUCGCCUUAUUCCGAGAGAGUAUGCUGAAUUCGAAUUGUGCCGAAGAAAAUGUGUUCCUAGGCGGUUCCCCAAACACUACCAACACUGGUUUUACAGGUUGUAUCAGUGAAAUGGUGCUCAACGACAACCAGAUCAAUCUCUGGGAGGAAUCAAUCGACAAUCAACAAGUAACACAUUGUCAGCCUUGUUCUUCAAAUCCUUGUAACAACGAAGGAGUCUGCAUUGAGACGAACGACAGCGAAGGCUUAACAUGUCUGUGCAGCGAUGGCUUUGUGGGUAGGCGCUGUACUCAAAAAGGAGAACCUUGUGGUGUUCGAACCUGCAACGAGGGAUUGUGCGAUGAUACCGAGAGCGGGUUUAAAUGUAUAUGUCCACCGAGCAGAACUGGGAUGCGUUGCGAGCGAGAGAAUCAGUUGAACAACACAGGAAUUUCAUUCGAUUCGUCUGGAUACGCACAGUACAGAUUGAAACUAGAAAAAGAUUUUUCCAUGCAGUUCAGUUUUAGACCGAACUCCACCGAGCGGAGUAUGCUGGCCUACUUGAUAGGUGAAAACCACGGUAUAAACAACUUCCUGGCGCUGGUUAUUGCAGAUGGUCGGCUAGAGCUGCGAUACUCGGCCGAUCUGGAAGUUCGAGUGUUCAGCCUGAAAUCGACCGUGGCGCUGGCUAGAGGAAUGCAACAUACGGUCAAGAUGGGAUACCGAAACGAGUUUGUGUUUUUCGCCGUCAACGAUGAGUUCGAGCAAUCGAAAAGUAUUUUCGGUGAUCUGCUGCCCAGUGAUUAUCGCUACUCGCUGUAUCUGGGAGGAUUGAAUAAGUAUACGGUUUGGAAUCGGUGUCCUGAUGUCGAGCGCGGCUUCGAUGGUUGCGUACGGGAGCUCAACGUUUCUGAUGUAAACAUUGAAUUAACAAAAGAUUUUAUAGACGCCAGAAAUAUAGUGAAUUGCGAAUAAUCUUGUUAAAAGUAUUAAAAGAACAUAAAUAAAAUUGAAC